AUGGCAUCGCUCGCUGAAGCUCAAAACGAUGGCAUUGUCAUCGGCCUCCGCUCAGUCUCAGGCGUCCAUCCCCGCCGUGAGAUUGACUACCUCGUCAAGAAUGAGCCCGACAUGUUCAAUCUAUUCUUGCUCGCUAUCGAAAGCCUUCAGCGCGAUGAAACCAAGAUGGGAUUCUUCCAAGUAUGCGGUAUCCACGGCCUCCCAAAGCGCGAUUGGGAUGAAGUCAGAGGCGAUAAGCCCCAACGCGGCGGCUACUGCACGCACAACUCGAUCCUCUUCCCGACCUGGCACCGGCCAUACCUGGCCAUGUUCGAGCAAACCAUCUACAACACCAUGGAGCGCAUCGCAGCGCAGUUCAAGGACCCCAAGUACCGCGAGGCGGCCAAGCGCUUCCGGCUACCCUACUGGGACUACCUGCACGCGCGCGAGGAGAAGCAGACAGUGUUUCCCGGCGUCUUCCGGGGCCGCAAGACGUCGUUUCCCUACGACUUCCGGCUGCCGCUGGUGCUGAAGGCCGACAAGCUGAUGGUGUGCCGGCCCGGUGCCACCGAGACGACGCUGGUCCCGAUGGCCAACCCGCUCAAGACGUUCGUGUUCCCGCAGACGGGCAGCGUGGCGCCCGAGGAGUGGGCGGUGCUGGAGCAGCAGGUCGAGGAGGAGGGCGGCGGCUACCACCUGUCGCGGCGGCGCACGGCGCGGCACCCGCGGCCCGGCCAGAGCGGCGAGCAGGAGGACUACGACGAGCUGGACGCCGCGCUGAACAAGGACCGCGAGCCUGAGGUGCAGACGCUGCUGGAUCUCAUCGAGCUGCAGCCGUAUGCUGACUAUCGAAACUUUGCUACGUCGGUGCCGGCCAGCGGUAGUGACCAGGAGGCCCCGCCGAGCGGCUCGCUGGAGAGCUGGCAUGGCGCGUACCAUGUCUUGGUUGGCGGAGCUGGGCACAUGUCGAGAGUGCCGGUGGCUGCGUUCGAUCCCGUAUUCUGGUUCCAUCACUGCAACAUCGACCGUGUUCUAGCCAUCUGGCAGGCGCUGCACGACGACUACAUUAGCAACACGUCCACCGGAGGCCAGCCCAAUGCUCACUCAAACCUGUAUCCAUUCCGCAGGGAGAAGCAGGAGGCGGGCAGCCCCCAGCGCUUCUGGAACAGCGCCGACUCCCGAGACAUCGGAACCUUCGGCUACACCUACCCGGAACUCAUGGGCAAGUUCGAGCACCAGGGACUCCUCAAGCGCAUCGACGCCAACUACCGCUGGAGCUUGCAGCGCCAGUCGCGACCGGGCGGUGUGGCUACCCCGGCCCCGCCUGAGGAGAUGAAGCCCGUCGACGUGCGAAACGCCCAAGUCUUCAGGUACAAGGAGGCGAAGGGACCCGAGGCCAUCAUUUCUCCGCCGGUGCAGGCCGCCCACUUGGUCCAGCAGAAGGUGCUGGAGGUGAAGGACCAGGCCGUGAGCGCCGUCAGGGGCAACCCGGGAAGCGCUGAUGACGCGUUGCCGUCCUUUGACCGCGGAAACGAGAUUUUGGCGAACGAGCCGGAGGGUACCAGGCUGGUGUUGCAGUGGUAUAUCGAUUCCGAAGUGAACAAGGACGCCCUGGACGGCGCCUUCUCCAUAUACUUUUUCGUCGGCCCCACCGCCGCCGCCGACGUCGACGACGACGAAGGUUCCAGCCCGCUCACCUGGCCCGCCGAGCCCACGCUCGCCGGCAUCACGCACGUCUUCGCCGCGCCCAAGGACGCGUGCGACAACUGCGCCCUGCAGUCCGACGAGGGCCUGCGCGUCACCGGCACCACGACCAUCACGCCGAUCUUGCUCGAUUACGUCGAGGACGGCCAGCUGCCCAGCAUCGCGCCGCCCGACGUGGUGCCGUUCUUGAGGAAGAAUUUGAUUUGGAGGGUUGCUGAUGUCAACCAACGUAAGACGGACCCGGCCGAUGUGCCGGGUGGCUUGAAGAUCAGCGUCAGUGCCACCAUCUCGGUGCUGCGUCCGGGAGAGGCUAUUCCCGAGUUCCGCGAGCCGCUCCUCUUCCACGAGAUCACUGAUUCUGGCGAGGCUUAA